CUGGUGUGCGGGGAGAGGAUCUGACCGGGGCUGCCAGGGGAGCACAUCUGUGGGCACCCACGGGAGGAUGAUGCCGCUGUGGAGUGCGGUCCCCCGGCCCCGCUGCUGCUCUGUGGGGGCUCCGCUCCGCCGCCGCCGGGUCCAGCUGGGCCGGGCCGGGCCGGGCCGGUUCCCCGGGCAACGGCGGCCGAGCGACGUCAGCGGCCGGGGGGGCCGGCAGCGGCGGGGCCGGCAGCGGCGGGGCCGGCAGCGGCGGGGCCGGGCCAUGAGGCUGCGCAUGGAGCCGGCGGCGGCCGUGCCGGGAAACCUCUCCCGCGGCGGCGGCGGCGGCAACGAGAGCGGCGGGGCCGGGAGCGGCGGAGCGGCAGCGGGGUGGUCGGCGGCGGCGCUGGCCUCGCAAGCGGCCGCGCUGCUGCUCAUCUUCGCCCUCUCGGCGCUGGGCAACGGGGCGGUGGUGCUGGUGAUCGCCCGGCACCGGCAGCUCCGCACGGUCACCAACGCCUUCGUGCUGUCGCUGUCGCUGUCGGAGCUGCUGGGCGCCCUGCUCUGCCUGCCGCUGGCCUUCCUCAGCCUGCUCAGCCGCCCGCCCGGCGCUUGGCUCUUCGGGCAGCGCCUGUGCCUGGCCAGCGCCGCCCUCCACGCCGGGCUGGGCAUCGCCGCCACGCUCACCAUGGCCCUGCUCUCCUUCGACCGCUACUGUGCCAUCGUGCGCCAGCCCCGGCACAAGAUGGGCCGGCGGCGCGCCGCGCAGCUGCUGGCCGCGGUCUGGCUGGCCGCCCUGGCGCUGGCCGGGCCCUGGUACGGGCUGGCGGGCGAGGGCCGUCGCGAAGCCCGCCCCGGCGCCUACCGCUGCGUCUACGUGCUGCCCUGGGGCUCCUCGCGGCUCGGGCCGCCCUACGGCGCUGCCCUCAUCGUGCUCUGCUACCUGCUGCCCUUCGCCGUCAUGUGCUUCUGCCACUUCAACAUCUGCCGGGCGGUGCGGCUGGCCGAGAGCCGCGUGCGGCCGCUCACCACCUACGGGCACCUGCUGCGCGCCUACGGCGAGAUGCGCACGGCCACCACCGUGCUCAUCAUGAUCGUCUCCAUCAUCUGCUGCUGGGGGCCCUACUGCAUCCUGGGGCUGGCCGCCGCCGCCGGCCGCCUGCCCUUCUCGCCCACCAUGGACGCCGUGGCCAGCGGGAUGGCCUGGGCCAACGGCGCCAUCAACCCGCUCAUCUACGCCGCCCGCAACCCCAACAUCUCGGUGCUGCUGCGGCGCAGCCGGGAGGGCGGCUACAGGACUAGGAACAACAUGGUCGCCUACCUGUCGGUGCCGGGCCGCCGGCCGGAGCCGCGGAGCCGGGCCGAGCGGGUCCGGGAGCGCUACAUCAAUCGGCAGAGCGGCCCCCCGGGCAGCGCCGUGUCCUCGUCCAGCCCGGCCAGCGGGGGAGAGGUGGCCAUGUGGGCCUGCAAGACUCCCGCGGUGCUCUUCUGCCGCGAUGGGCAGCCGGACACUGUCUCGGAGGCCGCCCUGAAGGCCAAGGCGGGCGCCAUCGACACCAGCCUCUGAAGGGAUGUGGGCCGGGAUGGAGGCACCUGGCCCCGGCGGUGCCUUCCUGAAGGAAGUCCUGCUGCUUGGAGCCCUUUGCAGCCGGAUAUCCAGGGAACUGUGAUGGGACUGUGUGUCUUCUCCACUGUGUGAGCGCUGCUUUGGU